UGUAGAAGCACUGAACAAGUGUCAGAAACAGCCAGAAAGAAAAUAGGGUGUCAAUGGUUGUUGUUGAUGUGUCGAAUAAAUUAAAACAUGUUUAUAGAUUCAAUAAUAUAUUGGAUUGUAGUGACCACGUUCAACAUUUGUUUAGAUAUAUAGUAUUAUUAGUUAUAUAAAUAUACAAGGAACCGAACAGCGAUGGACGUUACAAUAGAGAGUGGUGGCAGAAAAAGUGCUUUGGAGGAUUUAUCAAAGGAAGAUUUGAUUAAGAAAUGCCGUAAUUUAUUAGCUAUAGCUCAAAAAGCGAAACAAGCUAAGGAUGUCGUUUCAGAGGAAAACGUUAAAUUAAAAGAACAGAUUAAAAAUACCAUUGGAGAUGAGAUAAUUGAAAAUUUAACACAGCAAAAGCUUGCUUUUGUCACAAGUAUGGAUGAAUUGAAGCAGCAAAAUAACACAUUGAAAUCUAGUUUAGAACAGCAAGAACAUAAAUUAUUGGAAACAGAAAGUAAAGUCUCUGACUUGGAUACAGAGAAUCAAAGCUUUAGAAGGCAAGUAACUCGUUUAACAGAUGAAAAUGAGCAAUUAAUAACACAUUUGGAUGGACUGGAGAAACAAAUAGAUGAACUGGAAAAAAUGAAAGUAGAAUUAGAAGUAAAGCUGCAGAUUCCACAGAAGGAGCAAAAUAAUUCGAAUAAUGAGAAAAUCAUUGAAUUACAGAAUAUGCUAAGUGUCAGUUUAAAUGAGGUUCAAAAAUUGAAGGACGAAAAUGAGCAGUUAAUAAACAAUGUAAGCAGUCUCAAUGUAAAUAUAACUGAACAAGAAGUAUUAAUAACAAACCUAAAUGAACAACUGAAAGGAGUUUCUUCAGAAAACACCAAUGUCAAUAAAAUAGAGGUAGAUCAACUGCAAAAUGAAAUAGAAAGUUUCAAAAAUAAAGUUUAUGAAUCUGCUGAGUCUAUACAAGUGUAUCAACAGCAAAUAGAUAUUAAAAAUAAGGAAAUAGAAUGUCAUUCAAAUUUAGUAGAUGAUUUAAAUACUGAAAUUCAUAAAAAUCGAGCUUUAAAUGAAAAACUGCAACAAGAUGUAAAAUGCAUGUCUCAGAGGUUGAAUGAUAAUCAGAUUGUCUCAAGUGGUAUAGCAACAGAUUUACAGAACACAAAUGAGAAACUGAAAGGCAAAUUGAAGAUGUACCAUGCAAAAAUGAUUAAGUUUGCUAUUGAUAUAAAGCAUUUAAAAGAAAGUAAGGAGUACAUUCUUAAUAAUUUUAAAAGUUAUAACCAACAAGUUAAAUCAUGGAGGGAGCAACUUAUUGUAGCCACGAAGAAAUUGUCCAAAGAAAUUAACGAAAAUGACAUUGAGAAAUCAAAAUUGAAUGAAUACAUUGUCCAAUUGAAGGAAGAGCUUUCAAUGAAGGAAAACCCUGAAUUAAAAUUCCAGUUUGAUGAUGUUCAAUGCAGAUUAGAAAAUCUGCAAGUAGAACAUGAGAAUGCAAUUAAAGAAAUUAAGGCUUCAAAAGAUGAAGAAAUAGCACAUCUUGAGAAGAAAUUAUCUGAUGCAGAACAAACAUAUGCAAAUAUCUCAGAUGAAAUGAAAACAAAUAAAGAAAAAUUAAAUACAGCUACAAAGCAGCUCCAUGAGGAUAAUGUAAUAAAAAAUGAGUUAAUUGAGAAAGUUAAAUCCAAUGAGAAGUUAAUUGAGGAUAAUAAUAAAUUAAUAUCAGAAUUAAGAAAAGCCAUUGAACAUCUUGAAAAUCAAGUUGAUUUAUCUAAAUCAACAGAAUCCAAAUUAGCGGAGCAAACUGGUAAUGAAAUAUAUAAAUUAUCGCAGGAGAAUAAAAAAUUAUUUGAGAAGAAUGAACAUCUGGAAGCAAAACUUCAUGAACUCCAAGAAAAUAGUGAAGAAUUGGAGAAAAUCAAUAGCAUAAAACGUGAAAAUGCUGAACUAUUGACAGAAAUGAAUGAAAUGAACCAAGCACUGAAAGAAAGAGGAGAAACUAUUAGCAAACAGCAAGCUUAUUGUGAUGAAAUUUUGAAAAAGAUUUCUGUUUAUGAAGUCCAAGCUAACAAAAACUUUGUAGUCAUUUCAGAAAAUAAUGAUACAAUUGAAUCGUUGAAAAAAGAAAACGUUGAACUCAAGACUUCUUGUGCAGAUUUAAGGUCUGAAGUGGCAAGUAUCAAAGACAAACUUAGUGAAAAUGCAGAAUGCGACACAUUAUCCACAUCAACGAUUUCACAUUCAGAGGAAGUAAAUCGAUUGAAAGAUCUGGAUGGGUCAUGGGAACAAAGAUAUGGUAAAUUAAGAGCACUUGCUCUUAACUUGAAGGCUAAGGUGACAGAACUUACCAAGGAAUUAAAUAGGGAACAGACAGAAAAAUCUGAGAUUCAACAAAAGUUAGGAAUCAAUAUUAAAUCUAUACAAUCAAUACAAGCACAAUGCGAUAUAAUUCAAGAUGAAUUGGAUGCAUCUAAGACUGACAAUAAGAACUUGUUAAAGAAAAUUGAAAGUUUCACAAAAGAUAGGCAACAGCUAUUGGACAAAGAAGAAAUAGUAAUGAAAUUGAAGCUAGAGAAUGAAAAUUUAAUUAAAGAGAAGGGCAAUGUAAAUAAUUGGAAAAAGCAAGUAAGUUUGAAAGUUCAAACUUUAAAAAAGGAGAUUGAGGCAAAUAGUAUUGCCAAAAAAGAUUUUGAAGGAAGAAUACAUAAGCUGACAGUAGAAUUGGAAUCUAGGGAUCGCGCGCUUAAAGACGAAAGAGAGAGUCAUUCAAAAACAAAAAAUUCUCUUCAGGAAUCUAAUAAUGAGUGUAAGAAACAAUCUGUUUUAAAUUUGGAAAUUCAAGAUUUUGAGAAAACUAUUAAAGAAUUAACACAGAAACUUGAAAAGAAGAAUGAAUUGAUUACAAAACUAAAGAAUCAGAAUGAUUCUCAAAAGUCUAGUGUGAAUGCUUUGAAGGAUCAAACCAGAUUGUUUGAAGAUAAAGCAAAUGCUUUAGAAAUGGAAUUAAGUGCAUGCCAUAUUGAGGUAAAUACAUUUAAAAAGAAUAUAAUUGAUUUAGAAUCUUUACUAAGUGAAAAAGACUUCAAAAUUCAAGAAGUUGUCAAAACUUUGGAAAUUAGUCGUGGCGAAAAUGAAGAUUUAAGUACUCAAUUAUCGAAAAUUAUUGCUGAACAUCAGAAAAAUGUAUCUUCAUUGAAAGAAGAAAAGGAUUUAUUGAGAGGGAAAAACUUAGGGUUUGAACAGAGGUUGAUGGAAUUAGAGAAUAAGUUAGAAUUACGCGAAGAUGAAUUAACCAAUAUUGAAAAUGAAUAUAAAGGAUAUAAAGUAAGGGCACAAAGUGUUUUAAGGCAAAAUCAAUCUAGGGAUGUUGGUCUAGAAGAAAAACUAUCUGAAGAAGCAGCAACUUUAAGAGCUCAAGUAGACAUAUUCAAAGCUGAAAUUGAUAUGUUAAGAACAACCCAAGAAAAAUUAACCAACGAAUUGAAUAAAGUAUCCAAAGAAAACGAAAAUUACGAAAGUUAUAAAAUCGAGCUGUUAACUCAAUUAGAGGAUGGCAAAAAGGAAUAUGAAAAGCUCAAUACAAAAUAUUAUCAAACGAUGACAGAUCACAGCGAAGCAGUCAGAAGUUUAAAGUUAAAUGCUGAAACACUUGCACAGUGUUAUCGUCAACAAAUAUCAGAACAAGAGGUAAGACAUAAUCGCGAGAUCAUUGAAUUGCAAAGCAAGUUGGAAAAAAGCAAUAUUCCACUUGAUAUUCCAACCCUCCUCAUUCCUAGUACUCCCAGAGAAGAAGGUGAAGGUUCAGAAAGUGUGGACAGUACAAAUGGUAAUAUUCAUCCAUUAGAAAAAUUGUUAGGUGGUGAUCAAGAGCAUGAAAUUAGUUUCAUUAAGAAACAAUUAAAUGAGAACGAGUCAAAAGUCACGCACCUGACUGCUCUGCUGGCAGACACAGAGCAAGAUCUUGCUAAACACGUGCAAAUGAAUAAGGUUCUUAAAGAAGAAAUUCGCCGUCAGCAAAGAUCAGUGGAACGUGAAAAACAUGCUGAGAACUUGGAGUAUAUGAAAAAUGUUGUAUUUAAGUUCAUUACUCUCAGCAAUGGUGAUGAAAGGCAACGAUUAGUUCCUGUAUUAAAUACUAUUCUAAAAUUAAGCCCAGAUGAAACCCAAAAACUUAAUAUGGUUGCAAGGAACGACAAAAGUUGGUCCAAUUAUCUACCAAUUUGGUCGAAACCUCAAUAAUACUGGAUUUACUACUUGGACAUUUAUUGUAUUUAUUAU